AUGAAGAAACUUUAUUAUCACGAAAAUCCCAAUUCUUUUUUCAAACCACGACCUCCUUAUUUGAAGAGUUUAUCCGAAUUAUCCCAAUGGAAACCUGAACAUGAUGAAUUUAACGUUGCAAAAGUUGAUUUACGAGAAAGACCUACUUUCAGAAAUGAUGCCACACAGGAAAAGAAAGAUAAAAGAGAUUGUCAAGUAGUAGCCUGUCAUGAUAUGGCUGGUGUUACAAUACCACCUCCACAAUGGACUAAUGCGGCCCACCGAAAUGGUGUUAAAGUUCUAGGAACCUUUAUUACUGAGUGGGCCAGAGAUAUGCUGGAAAAUGAAUUGUGGGUACGAGGUCCGCACACACAAGCACCGCUUGAUGAUUCCGAAAACGUUGAUCGAAGAAUUGUUAGUACUGUGUUUGCAGAUAAAUUGGACCAUUUGAAUGAUUUGAAUUAUCCUUUUUUUGAUGUAACCGAUGGAAUUUUUAUUAACUACACUUGGUCUGAAGAAUAUCCAGAAUUAUCAGCACAAAAGGCUGGUUCUCGAAGGCGUAAUGUCUACACUGGUAUUGAUAUUUGGGGCCGUAAUACUUUUGGAAAAGAUGCUUUCUGGGAAAACGAUAAAAAAUUUUGGAUUGGCAAUGCAGACAAAUACGAGGAUGUAGAUUCUCAAACGGAACGAACUUCGGAAGAUGAAGAGUGGGCACAUCUUAGUCAUCAAUCCGUUCAACCCUUUCCGACAAAGCGUAUUUCCGAAGUAUCAAAUAAUGCAUCAGAAAUGACUAUUAAUAAAUCCCAUGACAUUACAUGGAACUUAACCUUUGAUCAAGCAUAUAAUGGCGGUACUUCUGUAGUUGUAUACACUACUACUGUAAAUGAUAAAGCAAAAGCAAGAAUUUACAUGUUACCACUUUAUGACUUGAAUGUUGCCAUCUCUCCACACGGGUACACAAGAGCAAGGGUUACUUAUUUGCCAGAACAUCGUGGAAUAGUUGUAGGAUUGUAUUUAAAAGUAGGGUUUAAUCAAAGACUUAGUGAUGGCAGAAAAAUCUCUUUUAACCAGGACGCAAAACCUACAAGGAAGGAUUCAGAGGAUCAGAAGAUAUCAUUCAUUACUUUGAACAACGAAAGUUAUGUUGAUGAUAGACUUACCCAUGAAUCCAAAAAUCCGAGCAUUCCAUUACAGAAAUUCAAGACAACUACCGUGUCAAUGAAUCAUAAUUGGAUAACUGCAGAAGUUUUAAUACCACCUAAUACAUUCUCGAUAUCUCCAACUAGUUCGGUAUUUGAUUUAGUAGUGCAAGAAUUGGGUGUUUCUAUAAGUCACCCACCACAUUUUGGAAAAGUUGACAUAACUCAAUCGUCAAAUACAUCUACCCUGGUUCAUAUUGGUAAAUUAUCUGUUAGUUCAACAACAUUACCAUCGCAUUUACCUGAGCCAGAAGUGCAAAAUGUAUUUUGGCAGGAUAAUACUUUAUUUAUUGAACAUUUGAGUCAUCGAGGUAUGUUACGAAUAUCAGGUAUUAUAGAAUGGGAGAUGGGUGUAAAAGUUGUUGGGCAUGCCAGUGAGGAUCGUCAUAUCACACAAGACAACACCACAGAUAUCGAAACCUCAAACUCUUUUGGAUAUUACUAUGUAUAUGCGGAAGUUGACUCAGCAUCACAAAGUGGAAAGCCUUCACUUGAAAAGUUGACAUUUUUAGGGGUAGCCGAUGUUUCGCAGUUUAUAGUUUCAGGGCUCGAAAUACCAAUAUCUAAAAUUAUGGUAGAUACAAUUUUAACAAUCUGGGUACAAGGAGUAAGAGAAUCAAACGGAGAGGGAGUGGAAUAUGAAAAAUGGAAAAAAUGUUCAAUUCCGUUAUUUUAUUAUACUACUAAAGUAGGUGGAUUUUGGAAACGGAUUAAAACUACCAUCUUAAAGAUUUUAAGAAUAUUUGUUCCUUGUUGUCUAUACUUACCAAAGAACAGUGACAUCUGCGAACGACGAUAA